AAAAUAUUCACAUUUAAAUUUAAAACAAUGUAAGCGAAUGGAAUUGUCGAACCUUUCUCGCUUUGUCUGCUCGUCUCCUCAUUUUGCACUUUUAUAAGCAAAUUUUAUAUGCAAUGUCAAAAAUGAACUAUUAGAACGAUUUCUCGACCAACAUGGCGGAUCACAAUUUCGUGAUUUGAGCGCGCAUAGCAAUAUAGCCAACUGUGAAGAAGUAAAUAUUCGUGAGGGGCGUAAUUAUCGUAAUUGUUAAGUGAAACCGGCGAAGAGAGACAUUUGGAUGUUAGAUUAUGCGUAGCUGGAAGCUCUACGUAAGAAUUAUUUCAUUUCAGCGAAUUAAUGGGCAGAAGUUAAUAGACUGCCCAUAAACUGAGUUGUACAACUUUCAAAUGCUGCACAUGGUGUUUGUUUACAUGCAUUCCGAACUGUCAAAAUCGAGUGAAGUUUCUGUACAUGAAGUACAAGUAGAAUUGAACCUGAAUUGAACAUACAGGAACAUGGGAAGGCUGUUGUGAUGUUUGCUUACAGAUAUUUUUAAAAUAAUUUAGCUGCAAUAUUUCGUGAACUGUGAAAGCUGUCGGUGUUAUUGACUAUUUGGUGCAGAAGCGUUACGAAACCCCUCUGAAAUUUAAUCUUAAUGUUUAAAUGGACUUAUUGGCACAGGCCAAGGUUUUACUCGUUUUCUUUUCUCUACACGGUAUGACAUUUAAAAGGGUUACAACGUGAUCAUUAUCUUAAUUGUUGAAGCGAAUCUUCACCAUCUUCAAUAUACUUUAAGUCAGUGUUUAUAGACUGGCAUGGACCAAUGACGUAAAAUGUCUGUCUCCACGGCAACUGAAGCCAAAACAUAACCUGGAUUCUUUGUAGGAAUAAUUUUGAGAAAAUGAGAACUGUACCAACGUGGGUUGAUAAAGUACAGGAUAGAGAUAAAGUAGAGCAAUGCAUAUAUGAUUUGUGCUUCAACCCUGAUGGUACACAGCUGGUGGUAGCUGCAGGACAAAGGGUGCUUGUGUAUGAUACCAUUGACGGAGCACUUAUCCAACCUUUGAAAGGCCAUAAGGAUGUAGUUUACUGUGUGUGUUACGCUCGAGAUGGUAAACGGUUUGCGUCAGGAAGUGCUGAUAAAUCUGUUAUUAUUUGGACAUCAAAACUUGAAGGUGUUUUGAAAUACACUCACAAUGAUGCCAUCCAGUGUUUGGCAUACAAUCCUGUGUCCCACCAUCUUGCUAGUUGUGCUCUUAGUGACUUUGCAUAUUGGUCAGCUGAACAGAAGGCUGUGCAGAAAUACAAGAGCAAUUCACGCAUCAAUGCCUGUGCCUGGACAAAUGAUGGACAGUACUUGGCUUUGGGGUUAGGCAAUGGAGUGGUGUCUAUCAGAAAUAAGAAUGGAGAAGAGAAGGGAAAAAUUGAACGACCUGGGGGUUCUCAGUCACCUAUAUGGGCUUUAGCAUGGAGCCCUUCAAAAGAAGAUAAUUAUGAUAUUUUGUGUGUUGGAGAUUGGGGACAAACCUUAUCAUUUUAUACAAUGGGUGGAAAACUGGUUGGUAAGGAGAGACCACUAGGGUAUGAUCCACUUUGUGUGAACUACUUUAAUAAAGGAGAGUAUUUACUCAUUGGUGGAUCAAACAAAGCUUGCACUUUGAUGACUAGAGAUGGCAUCAAACUGGGCACUGUGGGUGAAGAACAGUCUUCAUGGGUAUGGUGCUGUGCUGUCCGACCAGAUUCUUCCUUUGUGGCAGUUGGAUGUCAAGAUGGGACAAUAGCAUACUACCAGCUGGUAUUCAGCACUGUUCAUGGACUUUACAGAGAGCGUUAUGCAUUCCGAGAAAACAUGACUGAUGUCAUCAUUCAACACCUAUUGACUGACCAGAAAGUACGAAUUAAGUGCCGGGAUCUUAUUAAGAAAAUUGCUAUUUAUAAACACAGAUUAGCAGUUCAGCUUCCAGAACGUGCUGUUAUUUAUGAAUUGUAUUCAGGUGAUUCAACGAGCAUGCACUAUCGUGUUCGAGAUAAAAUAAAUCAGAAAUUAGAUUGCAAUCUUUUGGUGAUAUGUACAAACCAUUUAGUUUUGUGUCAAGAAAAGCGUCUUCAGUCAUUAACAUUUGCUGGUGUGAAGGAAAGAGAAUGGCUUAUGGAAUCUCCUAUUCGUUACAUAAAAGUGGUUGGAGGUCCUCCUGGCCGUGAGGGAUUGCUUCUAGGUUUGAAAAAUGGUCAGGUGUGGAAAAUAUAUUUGGACAAUGCUUUCCCAGUAAAUCUGUUGAAACUUCAGUCGGCAAUUCGAUGUUUGGAUCUCAGUGCCUCAAGACAAAAAUUAGCUGUUGUUGACGAAAACAAUCAGUUGCUUGUAUAUAACUUGCGAACUCAGGAACUCCUCUUCCAGGAGGCCAAUGCCAACAGUGUGGCGUGGAAUACUUACUGUGAAGAGAUGCUGUGCUUCUCAGGAAACAAUACACUCUGUAUUAAAGCCAGCAACUUCCCUGUGCACCAGCAGAAGCUUACAGGUUUUGUUGUUGGACUUUGUGGCUCCAAGGUCUUUUGUCUUAGAGUAGCCACAAUGUCCACAAUUGAAGUUCCACUAUCAACUCCGAUGUAUCAGUACCUUGAGAAGAAAAUGUUCAGGGAAGCAUAUGAAGUGGCUUGCCUUGGAGUGACAGCUGGUGAUUGGGAAGCACUGGGUCAUGCAGCACUCGAUGGUUUGAAUUUAGAAGUAGCAAAGGAAUCUUUCCGACGAGUGAAGAACAUACAGUACGUUGAACUCAUUUUGGAUUUUGAAGAUCGUCGUCGAAGAGGAGAAAAGGAUGAUGAAGUUUUCCUAGCUGAUGUUUUAGCAUACAGAUGCAAGUUCAAGGAGGCAGCUCGUUUAUAUCAACGGGUUGCACAGGAGCAAAAAGCUCUAAAUAUGUACAUGGACUUACGGAUGUUCGACUUGGCUCAGGAAUUUCUUGGAUCUGUGGAUAAUAUUGACCGUAAAACCAUAAUUCGGAAGAAGGCAGAAUGGGCCCGAAACAAUAACGAGCCUCGUGCUGCUGCAGAAAUGUAUUUAUCUGCUGGAGAUACACAAAGAGCAAUUGAGAUCAUUGGUGAGAACGGAUGGGUUGAAAAACUAGUGGAUGUUGGGCGACGUCUGGACAAGGCAGACCAGGAAGCUAUUGCUUUAGUGGCCACUCACUUGAGGCGACUUGAACAACUGACAUAUGCCACAGAGAUGUACAGAAAACUUGGUGAUGAAAAAAGUGUUGUCCAGCUGUAUGUGGAAGCAAAGGAAUGGAAGGAAGCUUUUGUGUUGGCUGAGAAACAUCCAGAGUAUAAGGAUUUGGUUUAUGUGCCAUAUGCCAAAUGGCUGGCUGAAAAUGACAAAUUUGUUGAUGCCCAAAAAGCUUUCCAUAAAGCUGGGCGCCCUGAGGAAGCAUUUCAUGUCUUGCAGGAGUUGACUCACAAUGCUGUUAAUGAAGCCAGGUUCCAAGAUGCCAGUUACUAUUAUUGGAUUCUGGCUCGGCAGUGUUUAGAUAUUGCAAGCCAAAAUGCAGAGAGACAACAGGAAAUGAUUGCUAAAUUUUAUGAGCAUGAGAAAUAUGCUUCAAUAUACUAUGCUUAUGACACAAUUCAACGCUAUCUGGAUGAGCCCUUCACCUCUUACAUGCCAGAAGGUCUCUUUAACAUUUCCAGGUUUCUUCUUCAUGAAAUUAAAGAUGGAUGUCCAAAAGGAAUAUCACAAUUUGCUGUAUUGUAUUCUCUUGCCAAACAAGCUCGAAACUUGGGUGCUUAUAAAUUGGCAAGACAAGUCUUAGAAAAGAUGCAACAUCUUCAUAUUCCUUCAAGGUUUCAGGAAUAUGUUGACUUGUCUGUUCUGAUGGUACGAGCUAAACCUUACCAUGACAAUGAAGAGUUGCUCCCCAUGUGCUACAGAUGCUCAACUUACAAUCCACUAUUAACUUCUUCAGGCAAUGGUUGUACUAACUGUGGCCAGCCAUUUGUAUAUUCAUUUAACGACAAUGCAGAUUUUCUUCCAGUUGUAGUAAAUCGAUCAACACUCCAGGCAAUGGAGCCAGAUAGUGUUGUUAUUUGCAGGUGGCCAUCACCUUUAAAAUAUCAGUUUUAUCGUAAUAUCUUACCAGAACUUCAAAUAACAUUAUGUUCUAUUUGCAACAAGGUUUUCCAUGUUGAUGACUUUGAAGUACAAAUUUUGCAAAAGGGCCACUGCCCAUUUUGUAGAUCUCCCACCAAAACUUCAGUGGAACCUGAAGAUUCUUUGGUUGGUUAAAAAACUUAUAUAAAACAAAAUAAAUACAGUGCAUAGUCUAUAUUGUUGUUUUUCUUAAAUCACUGGGCUGAUUCAUUGUGCUCUUUCCUUCCAUCUUAUAUUAUGUUGUUCGCUAGACUGAUUUACUGGGGGGUUGUAUUUUACAACUUUUUUGGAACUCGCGUAAUGAUGUAAUACAGAAGCAUUACUUAUUGUCUUCUCAAGAAAACUAAAAUAUUGACUUUAGAAUCAGCCC